GAUGAGCCUCCUCAUGAAAACUGAUUAUUCAACUUGGAGGGGUAAAUGACCAGAGAUAGGUUUUAGCUCUCAAGUCGUUUACUGUAAAACUUGAUGUUAAACAGCUGAGAUUGAUGAAUAGACUAUGUUGUGCAAACAAACAAUAGACAAACAACAACUUAUGAAGUAAACGUAAAGCAUGAAAUUAACACAUUGAUCAUGCAAAGUUUAAGGUUCACAAAAAAAAAAAAAAUAGAAGACUACUUGGGAAGAAAAAGAAUAUAUUGAUACUAAUUGGUUAGUGAAUCCUGGCUUCUGGACCCAGCUAUUGAUUUUUUGCAGCGGUAGGUAUCUGGUAAUGAUUGCGCGCGGACCUGUAGAGCUUUUUUUGUGUCGCAGCCUGUGGUAUCAGAGACAGAAUUUUUUAUCUUUUGUGUGGACUUGUAUAUAUGGACAUGAGAACUCACAAGAUCCAGAAGAGAAGUUUUUGAUUUGACGCCAUGGAUGAGGAUGGUGCUGACAAGCAGAACGGAAUAAGACUCCCUGCCACAACUGGUCCCCGGCCCUAUAAAUGCGAUGUUUGUCAGAGGUCAUUCAGGGAGGUUGCUACCCUCAGAAAACAUGAACAACUGCAUCGGGCAGAUCGCCCAUAUGUCUGUCAGACCUGCGGAAAGUCCUUCUUGUGGUCAUCAAAUCUCAAAGUUCAUGAACGAGUGCAUACUGGGGAGAGGCCUUACAAAUGUAAAAUAUGCCACAGGUGCUUCACACAGUCUAAUGAUUUAAGACGACAUGAAAGAAAUGUCCACAUGAGGGGAAAAUUGACUAACUAUCGGAGUCCAAUUGCUCCGUCAAGCCGUAACACAAGUCACAUGAAUCUAGCCACGUACCAGGCCUUUGCCAUGCAGCAGAGGGCGCUGCUACACCAUGCUCUGACCUAUGAGAGUCUGAUGCAGAGUGCUGUUGUCACACAAGCAAGGUUGAUGCAGGCAGGAGGUUCCACUGUUUCGUUGCCUUCGAUGAGUGCCCCAUCGGACACCAACGUGUCUACCUCAUCAGAUUCCCAUCUGCGUCGCCCGAUGGGUUCGCCCGACUCCAUUAAACUGGAACAGGUCACACCCCCAUCUUCACCCAACAGCAACAGAGAACGCUCACUCUCUAACCCUGGGCUGGUGAACUCUGCAGUGGGUGGGGACCAGCUCUACGUGGCUCCCCGAUCCAGCAGCACCUCAGCUAUAAGUGCAGGUUUACUGCAUUCACCUCCUGUGCUGUCGACUUCCACCUAUUCUGGAUACGUGGCUGGCAGUAACUCAGUCAAUGGAAGUCCACCCGCCCUUGCCCAAGUCACUGCCACAAUGUCUCCCACACUGUCAGGAUACAAGUUGUCAUUUGAAUCUGCCUCGACCUCAAGUCUACCUCACUCAGCCCUGAGACGACUACCUCCAAUAUCAUCUAUUUAUAGUAACCACCUGAAUACCUCAGUCACUGACAACAAAGUCAUUGACCUCAGUAUGAAGUCCACAAGUAGCGGGGAGUCCGAGGACGGUGACUGGAAGUCUCGCAUCAUUGCAGAGCAUUUCAAGCGUGAAGAAACAAGCCUCAUCGCCUCAAAGAGUCCCCCAGUCUCAGAAACAGAAAGCGAUGAAAAGCGGGAUGUGACAACCACAUCUAUCACACCAACAGGUGACUCGGGAAUCCAUCAUUGUCCUCACUGCAACAUCUUCUUUCAUGACUUCACAAUGUACCACCUCCACAAGAGCCUGCAUUCACCCUUGGACAACGAUCCCUUCCGAUGUCCUUCAUGUCAGAAGCACUGUCAGGACCGCAUAGAAUUUAUGUUCCAUAUUGUUUGGCAUGUGAAGUAUCCACACACCAUCCCUAACUAUGAACCUUUUAAGGAGGAGUACCAGACUUAACUGGUUCUCUGCAGUGGAUAGAAGUAAGCAUAAUGAUGAACCUCAAUAGAAGUGCAAUACAUCAUCCCCAUCCACUUGGUAUCCUUCCUAGAAGUUCAAAGUUAACUUUGAAACCUUUUAGGUGUACAAAGUUCACUCCUGAGCCUUCCUUGAAGUUCAAAGUUGAUAGCUUUUGGAGUUCCAAGUUCAGUCCUUUGAACUUUGGAUCAAGUCAGGUUAAGGGGGGAUAAUCCCCCUCUAUGUAAUUAUGUAUCUGUAAUACAAAGAGAUCUCGCUAUGUGUAGACUGGUGUGUAAUGGAGGACACCAGUAGAAUCGUCUCUCAGUGUUUGACCUAUUAAAUGUAAUCUUGACAUGUGAAAACUUUUACCUUAGUACCUUUAACUCAAGAUUUUUUGUUGAAUUUAUGUAUGUGUAUCCAAUUUUUGAAAAAUCAUUCAUGGUAUAUUUUUGAAUUGAUUUAUAUUUCUUCAUACUCCUUCCCAAUUUGAAAAAAAAAAAGUAUGUUUAGCAAAAUACAAAAACACUUCAUUUGAAAAUCCAUAACCUGGGGAGAUUUUUGUUUGAUUAAAUGGUUUUACGGGUUUUGCAUUUGCUCAUUAGGACAUCUAUAUUGAAAGUUAGGUCAGUUUUGGCAUUACUAUUCUUUAUCAAAUGCUUUAUAAAGUAUGUUGGAAUUUGAAGAUGGAAUCUUGGUUCAAAAACUUUAAAAUAAUCAUUAAUGUCCAGUUUCUUUCUGUCUUCCUUGGUUUGUAGUAUUGAUAAAUAAGCGAAGGGGGAAAAAAGUAAAGAAAAAAGAUUGUUUCAUUGUUUAUCUAAAUUUAUUUUGAUAUAGUUAUUGAUUAUAUGACUAGUGCUAUUUCAUUAUACUUACUUAGUGCUAUGAAGAGACGAAUUCAUUUAUUUAGGUAUCAUCAUUUAUAGUAAAAGCAGGCUUCAGCAAGGCUGACCUUUUGACACUGAAGUGUCAUAAAUCCAUGGUAAUGGUAGGGAUCCUUUCUAUCUCCCUAAUCAGAAGAAGUCCACCAGGGGAGACAUUUAACCUCAAAUAGUACUGUUUUGUGCCAGUGAAAUUUUUUGUCUUAUUUGAUAGGAAAACCGAUAAUACGGGUAUAAUAUUUUGUGUCUUGAGCUCAUCUAAAGCACAUUAACAAACAUACAAGUGUAUUUAAUUUUAACCAAGAUUCCUACCUGAAUACCAUUGUCAUCCUGUUAUAUUUAUAAAUCAUGUGAUAUACACAUCGUCUCUGUAUUCAUGUUUACUGAAGAAACUUGUGCCAUAUGUUUUUUUUAUCAUUGUGUUCGGGAGAAUUAAAACUUCCUGAUAGAACUUUUAUACUGUUAUUUUAGGGAGCUUUUUUUUUCAUGUUCAUAGAGAACAAACCUGUAUUUUAUGUUGAUAUUUAGAUUAUAUGUUCAUUUUUGUUAUGUUUUGGAUAUGUUCUCUUGAUCAGUAAGAGGUUGUUAGGAUUUUUUUUUUUUGCGAAAAAAGAGUUUUAAUUUCCGUUAAGACUAAACUAUUUAAUAGGCAACCUUUUGGUGCAUAACAAUAAUUUUUAGAGAUUUUUCCUUUUGGUCCUGAUGAUAGAGCAGACCUAUUUGAAUGCUAAAUACCACUAGUCCAGGACAAAAUUUUUCGCUCUGGUUAAUGGUUAAAAUGGGGGCGUUUAAGUGAUUUAUCUCAUGUGUUCACCGCAAAUUUAACCAAAACAUAAAAUUUUGCUCAGCAGUUCAAACAUAAAUUGAAGCUGCUUCAGAACGCAAUUAUUCCACCGGUGAAUGAAAUUGCAAGCCAUAAUUUCAUGCUAAUUUUCAUGACUUACACUUUAAUAUCAUUCAAAAUCAAAAUGAAUAUACUUCAUCGGUAGAUUAGAAUAAUUUUACAGGAGUAUUCAAUACAUCUUAAGAAAUAAUUUUAGGGUUUAGAUUAUUAUCUGUUUAUCUUUUUUAAUGUCAAAAUUUUAAAAGUUAUUAACAUUUUUUGCGAGUGAAUAUCUUUUUUUGAGGAGUUGAAAUACAAACGGGCCAUAUGGCCCAAUGUCCGGUGAGAAACACACUACAUCUGCUGAAUACAGAAGUUGCAUUUCAUUCCAGGGUGAAGAUUUCUCUGUCAUUGCCAUAUUUGAAGCCUCCGGUGUGUAUAUUGUCUCGUUAAUGGUGUUCAAACACAAUUUUUUUUUUCUAUGAACUAGCUAGCUAGAAAACACUUUGAACAAUACUGAGUGAUCUGUAAAUCAAAACUGAACUGCACAAGUCAAAACGAUAACAUCAAAACUUUGAUUAUUUUUGCAAUAUACUUUAUAUUUAGAUUUUUAAUUCUACAAUUUUUUAAAAACAUGGAGUGGAAUUUUUUUUUUGUCUUGUUUCUUGCUGUCCUGCAUUGUUUUCUGUACAGGGGAUAGUGCUGUUGGUCCGGUGUUUAAAUCUAUGUUGUUAUGUGUUGUGUUUCAACGUGAAUGAGUAGACACUCUUGUUUUGGAAAACAGAAGAAAGACACUGAUGAAAUGUAGAAAUCAGUGCUAUAUGUUGAUUGUAUAUAACUACUGUACUCAUUUUUUUCAUCUUUAUGUAUUGUAGUCUCUCUUUCCCCCAUUUUACAAAAUGAAUUCUGAUUUAACUUGUUAAAAAACAAAAGAUUCAUUAAAAUCUUGUUAUUGUUUUCUCAAAUACACAUAUUUCUUCUAUUUUGGAAAAGGACGUUUUAAAAACAAAUUCAUCUCGUAUCUUUUUCUCUUCCUUCACAUGUAAGCUUUAAAGUUAGUUAUAAAUUGUCUGCGCUAGAUAUAAUUAAGAACAUGUGUAAAGAGAGGAGAUUUUAUCCUGAAGAUCAUUUAAUACCUCUUUAAUGUUUGUUCUUUAUUUAUUUUCUAAUCUCAGGAUUGCUUUAAUAUACAUAUGCAUAUGGUAUUUUUAUUUUUCCAUGUAUCCAUGACCUUGACCCUUGACAUUUCACCUUUCACUAUGUUACAUCUUAAACUCAGGAGUCUUGUUGUCAGACGGGUAGCAGACGACAAGUGAAUUAUGAUCUACCUCAUUUUUGGAGUAAUUCUGUAUAUAUACGUAAUACCUAUAGCUUUGGUAAUAUUCUAUGUGCAACUGUUUCUUGGUUUUUUUUUAACUUUCUGUGCUUAACUGUAUUAUUUUUUCUUGGUAAGAUUUUGGCGAUGGGGAUCAUUCUGUAGGAGUUGGGUCUUUACAUUUUUGUCAAGGAGUAAAAUUAAGUUAACCCAGGUUGUUGAAGAAAUAUUUCUUAUUAAUGAGAGAGCGUGAGGAGUUAUUUUUGUAAGCCAAAGGAGUAAGCUGUUAGAUUUUUUCAUCUCUUGGUCAUAGCCUUUUCAACUUUGUUAAGUCCUACUUGUAUGUGUAAGCUUUUAAUAUCUGGGUGUUCAAGGCCUUUUAUUCAAAUAUAUAUUGUUUGCUGUAUAUAGUUAUACCUGUAUAUUGUCUAAAGGUAUUGCUUCUCAUGUAUAUUUUGUAUAGUUACUUAUCAAAUGUUGGAUCCAUUGUAAAUGUAAUAGAUAUAUAAAUAUAUAUAUAUAUAUAUAUAGGUUUUGUUCAGGUGAUAUUCCAGCAAUGAGUAAAGAUUGAUUUUAUCAAAUUGAUGUUACUAAUUUAAAAGCAGAAUUUUUACACCAAUAUCAAGCACACACUUUUAUUGAGAGACAUUCUGGAUAAACUUUGUGUUUGAUAUAUAUAUCAUUGUCUAUGUUUUGUACAGUUUUAUGACUCUUUGAAGUUGUUUUAUUUUCUAAUGCAUAAUUUUUAGAUUUUGUUAAAAAUGAAAAGAUAGUGUCAUAGAUAAUUUUAUUCUAUAGAUUUGAAUACCUCAACAAAACCAGAUGUAAAUCCAGGGAUAAAGUAGACCAUGUUUCAAUUAACAGUAUUUUUUACAUCAGAAAGUAAAUCCAAAGAGCUCUACCUCAGUAAGGCAAUUAAUAACUGCCAGCAAAUCCACAGAAUUUGAUUAAUUACCUCAAAACUUGUAACGACUGCACCAUAUGUUGAACAUGAAAGCUGAAUCCGAAGUUUGCUGAUAUUUUUGUAUAGAUAAUUAAAUUUUUGAAACUACCUCAGAAAAAAUUUUUUUCUGCCCUCCUCCCCCUUCAAGCAAUGUACUAUUGGUAAUUAUUUAUAGUCCUUUGAACAUUAUGUGGUUAAUGAAGGACUAUUACUGCUUGUGUAACUGUGUCUUUAAGUUCUUUUAAGCUAGUAAUAUUGUAUGUAUUUUUUUUUUUUUUUAUUUAUUUUUUUUUUUUUUACAAUUUUUAGGGAAGGCAUUGCAAUUCUACUAUGAUCCGUUAUUAUAAUAAAGAAUUGUGAUGGGAAAUGAUUUUGAUAUAUUUCAAAUAAAAAUAGCAAUGAAAUUUUGAACAUAUUUCUGGCCAGUUAUAGGUUUAUGGCAAACAAUGAUGGGAAAAAAGAUAAACAAAGAAUUGCAGUGUCUUCUCAGUACCAUGAGAAAGAACAAUAACUCAUGCUUCGUGACCCGGUGACCUUUGGAUCUGCUGGUACAAUCACUAAUGCAACAUGUUAUAUAGUGCUACACUGCCAAGCUUGUAUUCUGCUGCAUAACCAAACUGUAUUUUUUUUUAAUGAAGUUAAUAUAUUGGAAAAAAUUUUAUAUAUUGUUGUUGUGUUAGUGAAUUUGAAGUUUUGAAUGAAAAAAAAGCAAAAUCUUUUGUAAGAUGAAGAACGUUUACAUUCUAUUCUUUAACAUACCUAUGGUUGUAAAGAUUAUAAAAUCAAAAUUGUAUUUGAAAUCAAACUAGGGACCAUUUAUAACUGAGUGAUUUUUUUUAAAAAAAAUUAUAAGUGACUGCUUGACCACACACAUUUAUUGUGGGAAAUAGAAUGUGAAUUCUUUUUGCGUUAUAACUGCGACACUUUUUGCGUCUCAAGUGCUUACGAGUUAACAUGUUGCAUUAUGGAUUAAGUGUCUAUUGAUGUUUAUGUAAACCACAGCUAUGUCAUAUAUUUCCUCUAGAAAUAAAAAAAAAUAUUAACA